AGGGGGUGGAGCAUUUGCUGCUGUCACUUGUGCAAACCUUAUCCUAAGUUCUGUCGUGUCGACUAGCUGCUCAGCACUCCGAGACCUGUCCCAAGAUGCAGUUUCCUGAUCCAGAUGCUGUGCUUUUCUUCUGAGUAAUGGUCCAGCAGGCAGGAUGCUGAGGACGGCACGGCGAACACAAAACUCUGGUGGAGCAGUGAGCAGGCUGCAGAGUCAGAAAACACGCCUGAAAAGUGUUUGUCUGCAGUAUCCGCUGUGUUGGCUUCUGAGCAGCCACUGCUUUUGCCUCUUAAAGAAUGAAAUGGGACUAAUCAUCUUCUUCCUAUGUGCUUAUGUACCAAAGACAGAAGCAGGUCGUUGCAAGUGGGAAGAAGUUCUGAAAGAUUUGGACAGGAUCAAGACAUCCAAAGAUAUUGAUGUCAGUUUAUACACUGCAAAUGCAGAUGAGGAUGAAGAAUGCCAAGAACUUGUAAUGAGGUGUUUUUUCUUAGAGACAGAAGUGAUAUUUCAAGAAUGUCGUAUCAAAAAUUGUAGUAAAACACAGGAUGUGCGGAACAUAUGGCAAAAUGGGAAUAAAAAAUUAAACACAAAUAAGUUGACUUCCACAAAAUCAGAAAAAUGCAAAGAAUGUGAAGAAUAUGAAGAAAAAAAUUUUACAGAAUUUGUACAGAAUUUUGAAAAGGUUAUACAGAGAGAUUGCAAACACUGACGUUAACACCCUCAGAAAUUAGAUUAUCACCAAAAAUAAACCAGAAAAAGAAAAUAAUUUACAAUCCUCUUGGCUAUCUCUUAAUAUACCUGUUUCUAUUGUGGUUUUCAGGUAAACUCAAUUACUUCUUCUACCCAAGAACUCAAAGUUAAAAAUUAAUAUAUUUAUGUAGAGACUCUUCAUUACCUUUCCCCCCUUUUGUACAAUGCUAGCAUAAGGGCAUUAAAAAUUAUCUUCAGUCUUCUCACAGAAGGUAAAGCUGGUGCUUGUUUCUACUAUUUGAUAACAACAUGUUCUGUUCCUUCAUUUGUUACCUCUGACAUGAUUUUAUUCAUUAAUGUAAUGACUACAACUCCUUUAUCGGUUGCCAAAGAUUUCAACUGAGACGUCAGCCAAAGCAGUGUUAAUUUAUUUCUCUGAAUAAAGGAGGUGACCAUGUCUCUGACACACUUACAAAAAUAAAAUUUCUAUGUGGUAGAAAUCUUGCCUGUGAAGUAGGGUUUGUAACUUUAGUCUCCUUUUGGGAAAGAACACUGAAGACACGAAUCACUUUUGGCCAAUUAUUGGAAAUCAUAACUAUAUUUCUAAGACUCAAUGCAGUCACCUGUCCUCUGGUAUUUCUGCAAUGUUGCCCAGACUCCUUUAGGCUCUUUCUAAACUAACUGCUUUCCUCAUGAUUCACAUUCAUGUCAUAUCAGCUGCCAUCCAUAAUAAGUAAUUCUUUUCUCCAGGCACCUCCAUUUCUCUAUCUUCGGCUGAUAAAUGGCUGAGUCAUUCAGCUGUCCACUUACCGGGAAGGAAGU